AUGCUACCUACCAGAAAACAUUUACACCGAAAAAAAUAUUUCAGACGGCAGAAGGAUCCUCCAAUUGAGUUACUUCAUCAGAAAAAAAGUAAUAGCAGUGUCAGGGUGUUCUUGUUCGACGAGUUCCUAUCCAAACAGGAGUGUGACGGGCUCAUCAAAGCACACGACAGUCACGUGAAAGCGCUGAACAAACCACCCAUCUUAUGCUUUGACAGUAUCGCCACAUUAAGGAGGCACAUUAGUGACGUCAAACAGAACAUCAGCGUGACGCCCAAUGACUUUACUAAAGGCACCAAGUGCGUUAACGCCAGCUUCUCUUUACAACUUCAAACAUGGAUGAACAGUAACUGGAGCUUUAGCACGGCAUUUUAUCCAGGGGAGAGUACAUUCUCCAAGGUAAUUUCUUACCGUAUUAAAGAAGCAAUGGGGCUUGAUCCUGCCAGCGGAGGGAAAUUUCAGAUAACUUCCUAUCCUGAAGGAAAAGCUUACAAGGAACACACGGACUGCACUUUGGGAGGCGUUGACAAGAGGGACCGUGUUGUGAGUGUUCUCAUGUACCUCAGUGAUGUAGAGGACGGAGGAGAGACAGCAUUUCCCUACCUCGGCAUCUGGGCUAAACCUAAGAAAGGAAGAGCACUAGUAUGGAACAACAUGAGCCCAGACGGAGUCUGCGAAGAACAUUCUAAACACAUUGCUUCUGUGGUCAAGAAGGGCUCGAAAUAUAUUCUUAUUCGAUGGUACUAUUACAAGACAUUUUAUUCUCUCGGCAAACGGCCACCUCCUCCACCUCUCCCAGAAAGAGAACCCGACCAAGCAAUGGUUAGUUGUGACGAGUACAACAGUGGCAGUUGUCGUUGGUAUGAUGAAUGGUCAUACGAUUCUCUGCUGGACUAUGAAAAGAACAAGCGGACACUAGUAUGA